ACAUUCAAAACACAAAACGGCUAGCUAACCAUUCAGUUAUUGCGCGUAGACUACGCCAUUCUUUGUCGCUUUGUAAACAAGAAGUCUGCAAAAGUGGAACAUGAAAGAAAUCAGGAUCCAGGCACUUCACUGCUAUGACAGGAAAUGGAGCUUAGCGAAGUUGGCUGCCUUACAGAAUGUACAGUCAUUCUGUAAUGGUGUCUAAGUUAAUGUAGCCAUGACUUUGAGAUCCACUCUGUUCCCUCCUGCGCGAUUCAAGCUAGAAGCAGAGAAUACCGACUUUGACAAAACACAACUGAGAACUGUGAACUUGAACUCAGCUGCCAUCAAGAGGGAAAACUGUGAUUUUGUCAUAGAUGUUCAUGACGUACUUUCUGGCGUACACAACAGUGGAGGAGAUUUCAGCAAAUCAAAUAUCUUAGAUCAGAAUUACACUGGAAAAGUAGUCCGCGCUACAGUGGUGGCUACACCAAACAGACCAGGAGUUCCCCUAGUUCAAGGGGACAAUAGGGAAUCAGUUGGGGUGUUGUCGUCCCCAGCCAGACUGAUGGGGGGUGAGGGAACACCAGUCAAUAAUAAACCCACCCUCACUGACAAUAUGGAUAACCCAGAGUUGCUGUCGAACUCCAAGGAUGCUGGUUCUGAUGAGAGUGCAAGAGGAGUCUCGUCUGGAGGAAUUCUUAGCACUGCUUCCAUUGAACUGGUUACUGAAGGCAAGUGGAGAAAUGUCAGGAAGACCCCUGCGAAUCCGCACACACAAGCCAACUGCCUCCGACAGAUUCUCCUGCUACAGCUGGACCUGAUUGAGCAACAGCAACAACAGCUACAGGCCAAGGACAAGGAGAUAGAUGAGCUCAAAUCUGACAAGGAAACGCUGCUUGCGCGUAUUGAGCGCAUGGAACGUCGUUUGCAGCUCACAAGGAAGGACCCACGUGACAAACGCCUGUUUCAACCUCUGGAGCCAUGGACACCAGAUAAAGAUGACCUGUGGGACUUAGAGCUCGAUGACAGUCCACAGACCAACAGCCCAAGGUCACUUCCCUUUAGCAGGGGCGGCAAAGGGCAGAAGAGGAAAUUUUGUUUCCUUGACUCCAAGAUCCAGAAGUCACGAGGCAAAGGCCCUAAGUUUAGUCCCAUUAAGUCUGAGUGUGGAGCUGGUUCUCCGUAUCAGAGGGAGCUGCGCAGUAAAGAGACCCCAGAGAAGACAGGGCUCGGGAGGCCAGCGUCGGAAAGGGACACCUCGCACCCCGGCAAAGAGGAAUCCGAGCUUACUGCACAGAUGGAGGAGCUGCCCUUCAUGUCUACCACUGAGAUGUACCUGUGUCGCUGGCACCAGCCUCCCCCCUCACCACUGCGAGAGCCAUCUCCCAAGAAAGAGGAGGCUGUGGCCAUCCCGUCCUGGAGGGAAAACAGCAUGGAGCCCCUGGGUGAAGACGCAGCCAAUGAUAUCCCUGAGAUGUUAGACGACAGUGUGUUUUUGAAACGCCACGCAAAACUGGAGCUGGAUGAGAAGAGAAGGAAAAGGUGGGACAUACAGCGUAUCCGUGAGCAGCGUAUGUUUCAGCGUUUGCAGCAGCGCAUGAACAAGAAGAAGGGUAUCCAGGAGAGCGAGCCAGAGGUGUUGUCCUUCUACCCUGACACUGAGGACGUGGAGUCCAUAAUCAUCACCCCUUUCCUUCCUGUGGUGGCGUUUGGUCGACCAUUACCGAAGCUCACUCAAGAGAACUUUGACCUUCCCUGGGUGGAUGACAGAAGCCGUUGCCGUAUCGAGUUCCCCAAAAAACACACCCCUCACCGGACCUGCCGGAAAUAAGAUGGUACCUUUCUGUCCGGAAAAUGAAAACCAAUCCUUCUACAACCCCCAGAUCUGAAAUGGGGUCAUUUCUGGACUGGGAUAAGGUUUUCAGUGGAAGUUGGCCAAGCAUGCAUUGCUAGGUUGUUAUGUGAACAACUGUUUAAAUGUGUCAACACUUAGCUUGUUCUCCUAUAAUAAGAUAGUGACAAGAACCACUCUGUUAGCUAAGAAUAGUGCAGUGCCUGUUUGAAUGAAAUACUUUUGUGCUCUGACAAACGUGGUGGGUCUCGGAGCGUAUCCUGUCGUGCGGAAGGAUAGUUUCAUGCAGCUCAACAUGGCUGCAAACACAUUUAUACUUAUUUCUCGUGAACUGCUCAUUCAAACAACUUCACACUAUUUCAACUUAAUCUAAAAAACUGGGCACUGUAUUAUCGAGCCACAGACACACACAAAUAGACAUUUUUGCUUUUAUAGUUAGAUAAAGGUAUAGAUGCCCUUGUACUGAUUAAAUGGCAAACAAAUCUAUACCCCUUCAGAUUAAAGCCCUCUAUUAACAGCUAAGUAAGUGUAGAAGUUCCAUUGUCUGUCAAGUUACAACAGUGCAAUCAUGUCCUUAACAUCAGUGAAAAGCCUGCACGCUUUGAAUAUCACAAGUGGGUAGCAAAAAUCUCAUAAUACAAAAAAAUAAUUGGAAUAGAUUGUUGCUUAGGUAUACGACGGCAUUGAAACUAAAACCUGCGUGUUCAAUGCUUUACUAUUUGAUGGUUACUCAAUUGUAACAAGCUGUCAUGAGGCAUGUUAACAUAAGGACUUGAAUCUGUAGGGAGACAGCUUCAAUUAGUUUGGAUAUGAUAUGACUGAACUAAAAAGCUUAAAAUGCAUUUUCUCCUAAAUCUGUGAUAAUUGCCACUGGGCUUCAUAAAUUCUCACAGCAAAUCUAUAGAUAUGACUUAUAUGUCUGUAUUCACUGUAAUACUACUGCUUCUGCUGGGGCGCUUCAAGCAAAAAAAACUUUUUUUUUUUUAAAUCAAUGUGCACUACAGUGUGGAUAUAAUGUGAUCCUCACUCUGCAUGUGUUGUUAUUCAACUGCAAUGCUGAGCAGAUUGUAAGGUUGCGCAUCCUUUUAUGAAACUAUUGGUGUGUUGAAUUGUCCGAUGUUUGCAUUAUAUAAACAAAAUCGUAGUCAUCAAAAUGAGCUGUUAAGUUUACUUGAAAAUAUGUGUUCUGAUGAUUUUAUUUUUUUACUUGCGUGUGUGUGUGCAUGGUUUUUGAACUGUCAAAUCUAUUUCACAUGGCAUCAACAUGAUAGGGUCAUGAAUUAAACAUAAUCAUUUUAAUUCACGAAAAACAUCUGUGUUUGAAUUUUGAAAGCAUGAUUAGGCUACUAUUUUCAAAAAACACUGCUUUGUUCCAACUUUGAUCCAUGUAGUCUAAUCUCAAAGUGGUCGAGAAUUUGUCCUUUUUGAACUUCAGAUUUUUCUGUUUCCAUCCUGCCCAAUAUGCUGAUUUACAGUAGUUGAAUAUUAGAUGGCAGUGAGUUCCAUUGACGUAUAGUAAGUUAUUUUGAACUAGCUUAUAACAUGUCUUGCAGAAACCUAAUGGGCUAGCUUAUUCUUUAACAUGAUCAAAGGUUUGCUUUCUCUCAAACUUUCUCUAAAGUGUUGUCAUCUAACUCCUUGCGAUCUUAUCCUGUUUUGUUAUUAGUUGUUUAAACAUUUUGGUUAUAGCUUUCUGCCUUGACAAUGCAACAGACCACAGAAAUAGGCUGGUUUUUGAAAAGGUAAGAUUGGUCUUCUGUAAAUAGCUUUCUGAAACAACUGUAAAUAAAUAAAACAUGGCUGUUAUUUUUCUAUUAUUUAAGAUGUUGAGUACAUUCAAUAUUGUUCUUCUAUGAUAAUGAUUGUAUGUUGACAAAAUAAUUGACAGAAGUUUGUUUUGGAAUAAAAUACAUAUCUAACA